AUGCCCGCUGUGCUUCCCUUAGUCCCGCUUGGCACCAGCCUAUCACUAGGCAACAAGCACUACAAACCCCAGUACAGCCUAGAUGAUCUCGUACAAGACAUCAAGCGCUAUCUAGGCGAGAGCGGCGGUAUUUCCUCAGCAGACGUGGAUAACGAAUACCUGAUCUCGCUGGCGCAGAAGUAUAUCUCUGAUCCGAACGACUGGGCCCGCUUUUAUUACAACGACACCAGCAAGAACUACACCCGCAAUGCUAUUGAAAACAUUAACCAAAAAGCGAAUAUUCUCCUCCUCGUAUGGAACCCCGGGAAAGGCUCUCCCAUCCACGACCACGCCAAUGCACACUGCAUCAUGAAGGUCCUUGCCGGCACGCUCCAAGAGACUGUCUACAACGUCCCCGAUCAGGGUGAUCUUGGUGGUCCGUUGGAAAUCAAGUCUGAUACGAGACAUUCCAUGAAUGAUGUUACUUAUAUCUCGGAUGAUAUCGGUUUGCAUCGCGUUCAUAACCCGAGUAGUGAUCAAGUUGCUGUCUCUCUUCAUUUAUAUACCCCGCCUAAUGCUGCCGACUAUGGUUAUAAUAUUUAUAACGAAGUGACAGGCAAAGCCAGCUUUGUGCAACAGGCUCAAGCCGUUCAGAAAGAAUGA